GUCAUCAAUAUUUUUCAGCUGUGGGCAUGUAAAACCCUUUCAGGCUUUUCUAUAUAAAUACAUUUGACUUGACAUGACGGUGCUACGCACAUUUUUUAUUUGUUCCAUAAGGAAAGGCUUGAACGCGAUAUAAAACCCAGGAACUAUCAAAUGUUAAAUAUUAAAUUAGAUUUUAUAUUGAACAGAAAAAAAAUGAAAAAAGUCACCCACACAGAAGUACUAUUUUCUUUCUCAAUAAGUCUAAAUAAUACAAUAUUAAAAAUCUUAAAUUUGAAACAUAUCGUAUUGUAUGAUGGGGAAUACAGAACCAGGAUCAGUUCUAGUGGGGCCGCCGCCUCCCAAAAAGGUUUAAUUUAGAACCCCAUCGAUUAUCACAGCACAAUUCAACUAUCCAAGUUCCCGCCAAGCCACGACUUUUUCAAUUGCUGCUCAUCUUCUCCUCCUCCUUCCCAAAACGAGAACAGUCAGGGCUCUCUCAUGCUGCGAUGAAAGAUGCUUCUUGUCGAGCUACAGCCUACCUAAUGGCAAAAUCUCUGUUUUUACUUCUCGGUGGACUGCUACAUCAGCACUUCCAAAUAAGGACACGCUGGCAACUGGGUCGCCGUUAUCGUUGUCGUCAUGUUGCCGCGCGACUUUUACACUGAGCGAGAGCAGUGUGUAAAGGGCUUCAUUGGCUUUUUCUUUUUUUUUUUUUUGGGUGACCUCUGCUUUGUCCCAGUUUUGUACUCCACAGUCUCCACAUGGCUGCAGCAACCCAAUUGCUUGCUGUCCAGUCUCCUCUGGGACAUGGUCUGUUUUACAGGAAACGUCCAAGGGAACGUUGAACGGGCUCUCAAUGCGUGCGUUUGGGCUAACAGGUCCGUUCACAGAUGUUGUCACUACCAACCUCAAGCUGAAGAACCCCUCCGAUAGAAGAGUGUGCUUCAAAGUCAAGACGACGGCGCCGCGCCGGUAUUGCGUACGGCCCAACAGCGGCGUCAUCGAAGCGGGAGCCGCCGUCAACAUCUCUGUUAUGCUACAGCCCUUUGACUACGACCCCAAUGAGAAGAGCAAACACAAAUUCAUGGUGCAGACAAUCUACGCUCCACCCAACGUCUCUGACAUGGACUCUAUGUGGAAAGACGCAAAACCCGAUGACCUCAUGGAUUCCAAGUUAAGAUGCAUCUUCGAGUUGCCUUCUGAAAAUGAUAAGAUGAAUGACUCGGACUCGAGCAAAUCUGCUCCGGUGAUGAACUCCGCCAAGGCCGACCUGCCCUCAGCUGCCGCCACCGCCGCCGCCGCAGCAGCAGCACCAACCCCCGCCGUCUUGGCCAGCGCUUCUGCCUCAUCAUUGGAUGACAACGAGAUGAAGAAGUUGCUGGAGAAGUGCAAGCGGUUGCAGUCUGAGAUGAGCAAAAUGGCCGAGGAGAACCGGCAUUUAAAGGACGACGGCGCUCGCAUGAGGAAGAUGGCGCGCUCAGAUCACGUGAGCGCCCCCUCAGCAGCUUCGCUGCCCUCCCUCCUGGUGGUCAUUGCGGCCAUCUUCAUCGGCUUCUUCCUAGGGAAGUUCAUCUUGUAGACUCACGAGUUGGCGGCGGCGUCUCCGCGCCCCUCCUUCCCUCGAACCAAGUGUUUGUGUUGACGUCUGCCAUAUCACCGAUAGCGUGGGCAUCCGGGCCAACACGCGUGUACAAUAAAGGGGUUGCCUUUUUCCCUUUUCACCCCCUCCUUCUCCCCCCACACGGUUAAGCGCGCACGCAUCCAGAAAGCAAAGGUGAAGACUGAUUUUUUUUUUUUUUUGGAAGGCUUCAAGUCUUGUGACAGUUCUGUCAGUCCACAUGGAAGUGAAUCAUAACCACCCCUCUCUCUUUUGUUGCUUUUAAUCGGUGUGGGCUCACUUGUUUUAAUGAAAUUCUUUUUAAAAGAAAGACGGAAGAACUUACAUCACCUUCACUGGAUCACUUCUUUCUUGCUUCUACUUCUUGGAAUGUUCACGUCCAGUUGGGGCUCAAGGUGCCUCCUUCCUCCUUGUACAUUUUGUCUAUUCUUUACCCAUCAAUGCAGACUUUAUAUUAUCAUACAAAUCUUCUAUUCCCAUCUGAGGCAAACAUUGACUGAAAUGGGUCUCCAUUCUUAAAUGAUGUUCUAUGAUAUUAAACAUUGAAAAUAAAAUGGAGAAAAAAAAA